GCUGCCUUGUGUAUCUCUAGGAUAGUGAUCACUACUUCGAGCCCCAACGACAAUCACCUGGAUAGCACGCAAAGUACCGAUAUCCGCAUAUGUAUCCAGGAACUGCGCUUAGGACGAUGGAUAGACGAUCGCCUUUUAUUGCAAGCUUCAAUGGGGAUGUUGCUAGCAGCACCCUACAAGCUACAGCUCCGAAAGCUGCAGUGGAUGCCCAGCCUCUGGCCUACGGACUUUCAAGUUGGUGAGCCAGCGUUGCACGAGAUGUUUGACAGAUCUGGACGAACUCUGGAGACGCUAGAGCUUGAAGUUGAUUGCGCUGCCCAACGCAUAGAAUGGCUGAUGGGUCAGGGCCUGUCUCAUCACCGGUCCCUCAAGUUCCUUACCCUGUCAUUUAAUUCCUUGUAUUGCAAUUGGGCCCAAAGGGACUGGUCGAUCGUCCCUUUGUUCAUCUCGAGCCUUGAUUCGAGCAGCCUGCGAGAAUUGCACCUACACUUCGAUGCACACCAUGAAAUCGACUCUGGGGAUGCUUUUGACUGGCAGAGAUUACCGAAGGCCUUGAUCUCGUUGCAUGGGAGGUGCCCUGCCGUAACGCUUCUUUUGAGCUGGUGUAGCCCCAUUCGUAUGCAAACCGAGUUUCAAGACCUGGUAGCCUUCUAUGGGAAAACGUUGCGGGACGUCCUGCGUGCAGGGAUGCGCAUCGCUGUCGUCCGCAUAAAGCUCGAUGAGUCUUCCGAUGGGAACGGGUAUGAAGCCGCCGUGGAUUAUGGAUGGUGGCCAGCUCGUACAGCACUCACCUGGUUGUGAGCCUCGUGCCCGACAAUGCAGUACCCAUGCUCUGCCGCUCGACAAGUUCCCGUUCAUGCUUCCCGUCCUCGGUACCUCUCCCAAUCCGAACCUUUCCUCCAAUCCUUUGGUAGGCUCAAGGCCUCCCUCAUCAGCUCGCACUACUUCUCCUUCUGCGUCCCCUCCGCUAGCAUCGUC